AUGUCCAAAGGCAAAAGCAAGCUGCCUGAAUAUGAAUUUGUUGAUGUAGUUCAGCUUCAGAAUAGAGUCUUUGAUCUGGAACAAAAUUUUGCUGAAAAGGAUUUGAUUAUUGGAAAGCAUGAUAUUCAAAUCAGCGAGCUUGAGAAAUUGAAAUCCUAUAAAGAUUCAAAGAUCUCAGAGCUUAAAGCAAAUAUUGGUGGUUUAACUGCUCGAUUCUUUGAUCUGAAACAGAGCCUAUUUCAGAAGUUUGGUGAUGAAUUUCAACCCUUGAGCGCUGAAGGAGAAAAGAUCAUUGCCUCUAGUUCAGGUCUCGCCGAUCCAACUUCACAAUCUUCAAGUGAAAGAGCUGCAAGACCUGCUCCAGAUCCUAACCUUGAUACAUUCUUAUCUUCUGCUUCUUUUUCUGCUCGAUAA